UCUAGGAGUACGCUUACAAUGGCAAGAACCAAGCAGACCGCUCGUAAAUCCACCGGAGGAAAGGCUCCGAGAAAGCAGCUCGCUACUAAAGCCGCCCGUAAAAGUGCACCAGCAACCGGCGGCGUCAAGAAGCCUCAUCGCUACAGGCCCGGUACCGUGGCUCUGAGGGAGAUCCGCCGUUAUCAGAAGUCCACUGAACUGCUGAUCCGCAAACUGCCCUUCCAGCGUCUGGUGAGAGAAAUCGCUCAAGAUUUCAAGACUGAUCUGCGUUUCCAGAGCUCCGCUGUUAUGGCCCUGCAGGAGGCCAGCGAGGCUUAUCUGGUGGGUCUGUUUGAGGACACAAACCUGUGCGCCAUCCACGCCAAGAGGGUCACCAUCAUGCCCAAAGACAUCCAGCUGGCCCGCCGCAUCCGCGGAGAGCGCGCUUAAACCUACUGCUGACGCAUUAAAACCCAAAGGCUCUUUUAAGAGCCACCUCAA